AUGAAGACCUUUGAAUCCCAGCCUCUCCUCCUGCUGUUCAUGGUCACCUUGGCCAUCACGAAGCAUCCAAAUGGUUCACACACUCUGAGAUAUUUAUACACCCUCCUGUCAUGGCCUGGGCCUCUGGAACCCCAGUUAAUCUUUCUCAGCUAUGUGGAUGAUACGGAGAUUUUGGGAUUCAACAGUAUAUCAGAGAAUCUGGGGGUGGAGAGCCGGGCACCAUGGAUGGAUAAGCAGACUGCAAACUUUUGGCAAGAGGCAAAGGAUGAUGUCCUGAAUGAACAAUAUACCUUGAAAGAAAUGAUGAGGAAUGCGCUAUACAUCUACAAUUAUAGCAUCAUUGGAUAUCACACAAUCCAGAAGACUUAUGGCUGUCAAGUCAUUCACAGAAAGUACUUCAGUCACGGCUUCUUUGAAUUAGCAUUCAAUCUCCAUGAUUACAUCACACUGAAUAAGGAUCUGAAGACAUGGACAGUGGGUGGCAAGGCAAGUGAGAUCCUUAAGGAAGAGUGGGAGAAAAAAAAAUAUGCAACUCGGUUGAAGCCUUAUCUGCAGGGUUCAUGUGUGAGGUCACUCCUUCGAUACGUGACCUUAGGGAAGAACAGUUUGCUGAGGACAGACACCCCUAAAAUACACCUGACCCAUAAGACCAGACCAGAUAGGAAAAUCACCCUGAGGUGCUGGGCCUUCAACUUCUACCCACCUGAAAUCACCCUAGCCUGGAAGAGGGAUGGAAGCAACCAGACCCAGGACAUGGAGGUGAUAGAGAACAGGCCUUCUGGGGAUGGAACUUUCCAGAAGUGGGCAGCUGUGGUGGUCUUUUCUGGAGAAGAACAUAGAUACACAUGCCAUGCUAAUCAUGAGGGGCUGUCUGAGCCCAUCACCAUGAGAUGGGCUAAGCAUGAGCCUCCUGAGCCCACCAUUCCCUUCUUGGCUAUUGUUAUUGCUUUGGUUCUUGGAGCUCUCCUUAUGGGAUCAGUGAUGACUUUUCUUAUAUGGAAGAGGAGGACUAGAGGUAAGAAAGAGUCAUGUUCUUCAUUUAUGUAUCUAUGGAAAUAA